GUCCCUUCAGCUGCUAUUGAAGGGAGAAGACCCACAUCCACGCGUACACCUGGAGUCUUUUAACGAAUAUCUCACCCUGUCCCCGGGAUUAAUGGGGGAAACCAAGACCUGAAGGGGCUCGGCCAUCUCCACCAGUUCUCACUGCAGCCGUGGCAGCAACAACUUUGAUAUCAACAAUGAAGCAAUGAUAUCUGAGAACAAAGGAGCAUCUGCCAAUGAACUGUCAUCACAAUUUCAAGCGACUAUAUAAGCAGAAACAAGCUUCAGCAGACCUAUGUGUCAGCGAGUAUAGGGAGAAUGCUUUCUUCUGAUGCUAUUUAUGUCGAAGCAGUUUUAAUAUAGAUCAUUUAAAUUAUAUCUAUAUCAAAUUAAGUAAAAAUGAGUGAAGCCCCCAGAUUCUUUGUUGGUCCUGAAGAUACAGAAAUAAACCCUGGAAAUUAUCGACGUUUCUUCCACCAUGCAGAUGAAGAUGAUGAGGAGGAGGAUGAGUCUCCACCGGAAAGGCAGAUUGUGGUUGGAAUAUGUUCCAUGGCAAAGAAAUCCAAAUCCAAACCAAUGAAGGAAAUUCUUGAACGGAUCUCCUUAUUUAAAUAUAUCACAGUAGUAGUAUUUGAAGAGGAAGUUAUUUUAAAUGAACCAGUGGAAAAUUGGCCUUUGUGUGAUUGUCUUAUUUCUUUCCAUUCUAAAGGAUUUCCACUGGACAAAGCAGUUGCCUAUGCAAAACUCAGGAAUCCAUUUGUAAUCAAUGACUUGAAUAUGCAGUAUCUCAUACAAGAUAGGAGAGAAGUAUAUAGUAUUCUUCAAGCUGAAGGUAUUUUACUUCCUCGAUACGCGAUUUUGAACCGUGACCCAAAUAAUCCCAAAGAAUGUAAUCUGAUUGAAGGGGAAGAUCAUGUUGAAGUAAAUGGGGAAGUUUUCCAAAAGCCAUUUGUAGAAAAGCCAGUCAGUGCAGAAGAUCACAAUGUUUACAUUUAUUAUCCAACCUCUGCUGGUGGUGGAAGUCAAAGACUCUUUAGAAAGAUUGGCAGUAGAAGUAGUGUUUAUUCCCCAGAAAGCAACGUACGAAAAACAGGCUCAUAUAUAUAUGAAGAGUUUAUGCCCACAGAUGGUACUGAUGUUAAGGUUUAUACAGUGGGUCCAGAUUAUGCCCAUGCUGAAGCUCGAAAAUCUCCAGCACUUGAUGGUAAGGUGGAACGAGAUAGUGAAGGAAAAGAAGUAAGAUACCCUGUCAUUCUCAAUGCACGAGAGAAAUUAAUUGCCUGGAAAGUCUGCCUUGCUUUUAAGCAAACAGUUUGUGGCUUUGAUUUGUUACGGGCCAAUGGACAGUCUUAUGUCUGUGAUGUCAAUGGCUUCAGUUUUGUGAAAAAUUCCAUGAAGUAUUAUGAUGAUUGUGCAAAAAUACUUGGAAAUACUGUAAUGCGAGAGCUCGCUCCACAAUUUCAUAUCCCCUGGUCAAUACCCUUAGAAGCUGAAGAUAUCCCAAUUGUACCAACUACAUCUGGAACUAUGAUGGAACUUAGAUGUGUCAUAGCUGUCAUACGUCAUGGGGAUCGAACACCAAAACAAAAAAUGAAAAUGGAAGUGAGGCAUCAAAAAUUUUUUGAUCUUUUUGAAAAGUGUGAUGGAUAUAAAUCAGGAAAAUUAAAACUCAAAAAGCCAAAACAAUUACAGGAAGUGCUGGAUAUUGCACGGCAACUUCUUAUGGAGCUAGGGCAAAAUAAUGAUUCUGAAAUUGAAGAAAAUAAGCCAAAACUUGAACAACUGAAGACCGUAUUAGAGAUGUAUGGCCAUUUUUCUGGAAUAAAUCGUAAAGUCCAGUUGACCUAUCUGCCUCAUGGUUGUCCUAAAACAUCUAGUGAAGAGGAAGACAGCCGAAGAGAAGAACCAUCCUUACUUUUGGUUCUAAAAUGGGGAGGAGAAUUAACCCCUGCAGGCAGAGUGCAGGCUGAAGAACUUGGAAGAGCUUUCAGGUGUAUGUAUCCUGGAGGUCAAGGAGAUUAUGCAGGAUUUCCUGGUUGUGGUUUACUUAGAUUACAUAGCACCUACCGACAUGACCUCAAAAUAUAUGCCUCUGAUGAAGGACGAGUCCAGAUGACUGCAGCUGCUUUUGCAAAGGGGCUAUUAGCUCUAGAAGGAGAGCUCACACCCAUUCUUGUUCAGAUGGUGAAAAGUGCAAAUAUGAAUGGUCUUUUGGAUAGUGAUAGUGACUCUUUGAGCAGUUGUCAGCAACGUGUGAAGGCAAGGCUUCAUGAAAUACUUCAGAAAGACCGAGAAUUUACUUCUGAAGAUUAUGAAAAGCUUACUCCAUCUGGAAGCAUUUCUCUUAUCAAAUCAAUGCAUUUAAUUAAAAAUCCUGUGAAGACCUGUGAUAAAGUUUAUUCCUUGAUUCAGAGUUUGACUUCUCAAAUCAGACAUCGAAUGGAAGAUCCCAAAUCAUCAGAUAUCCAGCUUUACCAUAGUGAAACAUUGGAGCUUAUGCUACGUAGAUGGUCCAAAUUGGAGAAAGACUUUAAAACAAAAAAUGGAAGAUAUGAUAUUAGUAAAAUUCCUGACAUAUAUGACUGUAUAAAAUAUGACGUCCAGCAUAAUGGUUCCUUGAAAUUAGAAAACACAAUGGAAUUAUAUAGACUUUCGAAGGCAUUAGCAGAUAUUGUUAUCCCUCAGGAAUAUGGUAUUACUAAAGCUGAAAAACUGGAGAUUGCCAAAGGCUACUGUACUCCUUUAGUUAGAAAAAUUCGCUCAGAUCUUCAGAGGACACAAGAUGAUGACACUGUAAAUAAGCUCCAUCCUGUGUAUUCCAGAGGUGUUCUGUCUCCUGAACGUCAUGUCCGUACCAGAUUAUAUUUUACCAGUGAAAGUCAUGUACAUUCAUUGCUAUCUAUUCUUCGCUAUGGUGCCUUAUGCGAUGAAUCAAAGGAUGAACAGUGGAAACGAGCUAUGGAUUAUUUAAACGUUGUCAAUGAACUCAACUACAUGACUCAGAUUGUUAUCAUGCUUUAUGAAGAUCCUAACAAGGAUCUUUCAUCAGAGGAACGCUUUCAUGUUGAAUUACACUUCAGUCCAGGAGCCAAAGGCUGUGAAGAAGACAAAAAUUUACCAUCUGGCUAUGGAUAUAGACCAGCUUCCAGAGAGAAUGAAGGCAGGAGAUCUUUUAAAAUUGACAAUGACGAUGAACCUCAUACUUGUAAAAAAGAUGAGACUGAUCGAGCUGUGAUAUUGUUUAAACCAAUGGUAUCGGAGCCAAUUCAUAUACAUAGGAAGUCUCCACUUCCAAGAUCUAGGAAGAUGGCUACAAAUGAAGAAGAGAGCCCCCUGAGUGUGUCUAGCCCAGAGGGUACUGGUACCUGGCUGCAUUAUACCAGUGGUGUGGGUACUGGGCGUCGAAGACGCAGAUCAGGGGAACAAAUCACUUCUUCCCCUGUCUCCCCCAAAUCAUUGGCUUUCACAUCCAGUAUUUUUGGCUCAUGGCAACAGGUUGUAUCAGAAAAUGCCAAUUACCUGCGAACACCAAGAACUCUUGUGGAACAGAAACAGAAUCCUACUGUAGGGUCUCACUGUGCGGGCCUGUUUAGCACCUCGGUGCUCGGGGGUUCUUCAAGUGCACCUAACCUACAGGAUUAUGCUCGUACUCAUCGUAAAAAGCUGACUUCUUCUGGCUGCAUAGAUGACGCCACACGCGGUUCUGCUGUUAAAAGGUUUUCUAUCUCAUUUGCUCGACACCCAACCAAUGAACACCUACACCUCUAUAGGUGCUGGUCCGUUUCCUCUGUGGAAUUUCUAGGCUCCAGUGGCUUUGAAUUGUAUUCUAUGGUGCCAUCUAUUUGUCCUCUAGAAACUCUUCACAAUGCCCUGUCUUUAAAGCAGGUGGAUGACUUUCUUGCUUCCAUUGCUUCUCCAUCAAGUGAAGUUCUACGGAAGACCCCUGAAAUUUCUUCACGUUCCAGUCCAGUAAUGAGAAGAAAAGUAUCUUUAAAUACAUAUACACCUGCAAAGAUCCUUCCAACACCGCCAGCUACCUUAAAGAGUACGAAAGCAAGCAGCAAACCAGCUACCAGUGGACCUUCUAGUGCAGUUGUUCCUAGUACCUCAACUCGGAGAAAGAGUAUAACUAGCAAAACAGAAGUGCAUGAACACAAAAAAAACACCGGGAAAAAGAAAUGAAAUCUUCUCAGCAGAAGCUGGAACAACUUAUAAAAAUCACAUGUUCAGUAGAAAAAGAUACAUAAUAAACCUUGACUCAAAACUGUCAGAGCAAGUAAUUUAUGUUUUUCCUUAUACAUGUCUGUAUUCACUUAUUAAAUGUAGGGGAUUCUUUGUAUAUAUUAGGUAAGGAACUUUUGUCACGAUCGAAAAAUGUUUAAGGCAAUGUUUAUUAGCAUUCUGUGAGUAACACAACCUAUGGUGAUAAAGGUCUGUUGUUGUUAAUAUGUUUACCAUGUACCUAUUGUAAAGAUAAGGAACAUAAAAGCCCAGCUGACCUGUACCAAAGUCACACCAGUAGUGCUGUGUAUUGCAGAGUCUGAUGAGGUGGCCUCUGUAUACACUUUUAUUUUCAUGGGAUUGAAUCUUAACUGUAAAAGCCUUUAGCUUGUGUUGAAAUUUGACAGACAUGUUUACAUAUUGGGUACUUUUUAAAAAGUAUAUUUCCAAAGAAAUUUCAU